CAGAGCUUGAGAAAAAAUAUAAAUUGCACAUAUAGAUUGAAAACGGCGCAACCGCCAGAAAGCACCUACGCUACCCACUGUGCGGCAAACAAAAAUUAAUGUUUUGGUUUGAAUAAGCGUAAAAGUUUGGAACAAGAUUGUUGAUUGUUGAUAUAAAUAGUUCAAAAUGGAGGAAAUACCCAGUCUAGAAUCUUAUGGUCCAGAAUCAAGCGCAAGACCUGAAUCAGAAACAUCAAACCCCGAGGAGUGUGACUCGCAGGAAAAUGUGGAAGCAACAGAUACGCCGGAAUCACCGCCAGCUGAAGAGAGAGCACCUGCUGAAAGUGCAUCCAAAGCAUUGCCGCAAGAUGGGGAUGAGGACUUUGACCAAAUUUCACAGGGAUCCUUAGAUAUGGAUGAAAGUCAAUCACGAGAUAAAAGUGCACCAAAAGAUGAACAAGUUACAGGGCCCAAAAGCAGUGACAAUCCAGAGGCUGAAUCACUUAAUACAAGCAACGAAAAUAUGCCAGAGCCAGAGGCACAAAAUGAGGAACAGGAACAUUGCAAUAUUGACAGCAGUGCUGAAGGUGCGGAGCAACAUGAUGCCCUUGGAGAAAGCGUGGAAGACGAUGAUGAGCAGGCUGCCGGUGAUGCCGUUGAUGGUGCACCCGCCUCCAUGGAAGCAAUGGACGUUGACGAAAAUGAAGCUGAAGCUGGAGGUGAUGGUGAAGCUGAAGCAGAAGCAGAGCCUACAAAAGAUACUGAGGUAGCUAGCAAUAUAGACGAUGUAGAAAUGCGAUCAGAAGGCGGUGACUCGCGAUGUGCUGCUGCGGAGGAGGAUGAAGCUGCUGGAAAUGAUACAGUCGAUAAGGAUAAUCUCUCCGAAGGCAGAGACGAGGUUGAUAGAAUAGAUGAGCCAGACACAGAAGCCAGUCCUGAUGACAAUAAAGAUACACAAGAGGACGAUGAUGCUGACCCGGAUGGGAAUGCAGAUGAAGAUGCUGAGCAGGCAGAUGACACAGCGGAUGCUGAGCAGUUGGAUGACACCAAUGAACCAGAGCACGGUGAUGAUACUGUAGAAAAUGUGCUAGAGCCAGAGGAAUCUGAUGUUUGUCUUAUACCUGAUGAUCCCGAAACGGAGGUAACGGAAGCUGAAAAAGAAUUGGCACGCGAAAAUGCUGAGAAAGCUGCCGAAGAGGAAGAAGCAGCUGAGCAAGAGCAGCAGCAAGCGGCAAAGUCACCCAACCAAGAACUGGAUAUGGAUGAUAUACCAGCUGAUAAUGAUAAAGAUGUAGAUGCAUCGGACGAGGCCACUGCAGCUGGCGAAAAAUCACCAGCAACUAGUGCAAAUGCAGAGCCCAAUGAUGAUGAUGCAACGGAGCUGGAUGCGACUGAAAAUGAAGAGCCCACCACAGAGGAAGCGUCUAAUGCUGCAGCGGAGGAGGCCGGUGCAGCUGCCAAAACAAUUAUCAGUUGGAUUGUGGGCAGCACUCGGACUUGCCAACAAUGUGCCAAUGAAAAAGUUUGCGGUUUUCGCUUUAAAAAACUCGAAGCUGAGAGCAGUGAGAAUGUUGAAGCAGAAGCUGAUGCUGAUGCGGAUGCGGAUGCGGAUGCAAAUGCUGCAGCAACGAAUACGUAUCAGUAUAUAUGCGAUCAGUCUUGCUGUGAUGCAUUGCUUGCCGAGCAGCCUGGUAAAUAUUUUGUUCGGCGUAAAAAGUUCUUGGUCGAGGAACUCAGUCAGGAAGAAGACCGAGAUACGCCCAGUGCUGAGCAGGAAAGCAGCAGCCCCACCAACGCUGACGAAACAUCUGCUGAAGGCGAUGAAUUGGAUCAGAGCUCAACGGAUAAGCUUAAUAACUGCAUACAGUGCAAGGAGCAAAAGAAGUGUAAAUAUUUUCUCAGACAGGAACAGGACUCAUUCUACAUAUGCAACGAUGACUGCUUUAAUUUGCUGAACGCGGAGGAGCCAGAGAAAUACAAACUGAAACGUCACUCCAUACGCGUGCGCAACAUUGGCGCAACGACUAUACGCUCGCCCAGCAAGAAGCCCGAGUGUAAUGUGGUGGCACGCACAAUUGCCGAGGCAGAGACAGCACGUCUGGAUCGCAUGGAAAGUUUCCAUCGGCGCUGCGCUGACUGCCAGCUAGAGUUGAAUGUAAACGACAAGCAGCUCAUAUGGGAAACAAUGGACUUUUGCAAUGAGGUCUGCCUGGGCAGUUAUCAGCGUGCCUUUGGCUCCAACUGUGAAACGUGCAAAGAGGAAGUCAGCUCUGUGGCACUUGGCAAGUACUGUGUACGUUUUGGCUUUGAGGUGCGACAAUUUUGCUGUGCCAGUUGCUUAAACACGUACAAGAAGGGUCUGAAGACGUGCUCGUGCUGUCAGAAGGACAUUAGCAGCGGGCAGGAGGGAUUUCUGGCACCCGUUGGUGACAAGGAUCAGUUUAAAGACUUUUGCUCGCAGAGCUGCCUGCGUCGUUACGAUAAUAUGUGCAAUCCCAAGAAGAAACUGCGCACGGACAUGUGCGGCGUCUGUAAUAAUGAGAAGCCUGUGCGCGUCGAAAUGCUCCUGGACGAUAAGGAGCAUUAUUUUUGCUCAAAUCCCUGCUUCUCAGCGUUUAAGUUUGUAAGCAACGUUAAUGCCGAUCCCUGCGCUAUGUGCUCCAAGUAUUUUGAGCGCAAGAGCACCGAUGCUUAUACCAUCUAUAGCAUCGAUCACCAGUCGCCAAAAAUGUUUUGUUCCCGCAUCUGCAUCAAUGUCUACAUAAUUGUCAAUCGGCAUAUUGUCUGCUGCCAGUGGUGCAAGGUGAAGAAGUACAACUUUGAUAUGAUUUACAAGCUGCAAGGCGAUCAGGAGACAUUAACCUGCUCCAUCAACUGCCUCACCAUGCACGCCGUUAGUUGCAACAUAACAGCACGCGCUGUUACCAAAUGCGACAACUGCGAGAACACAAGCACGCCGCAAUAUCAUCUGACCAUGUCGGAUGGUUCGAUGCGUAACUUCUGUACAUAUCAGUGUGUCAUGCAGUUCCAGAAUCAAUUUGCACGGACGCCGCUCACACUGGACAGUGAUAUCCCGUCCACAUCGUCCAGCAGCUCGCAGCAGAAACAGUCGGCCUCGCAUUCACGUGCAAGCAAAAACGAUGCGCCUUUCCCCACUGGCUUGCCCAAGCGGGUUAAGUUGAAGCUGUCGCAGCAAACGUCCUCAAAAAAUAGCGCUAAGAAAUUAGGCGGCAUGGUGCCAGUAAUUUCCAAUGUACAAUCAUUGGCCAGCCUCGACAGCGGCAAUUUAUCAGUGCGACGCAAACGUGGUCGCAGGCCAGACUCACCACCGCCGCUGUCAAUGAUAACCCAGUCCACUGCACCGUCUGGGGAUGUGCGCGGACGUGGCAGACCGCGCAAGAAUGUGGAUUAUAACGUGGCACGCACACCUUCGCCCACAUUAAAUGCGCAAGCAAAUAGACGUAGCAUAGGCAGUGAUGCACCCGCAGCGGUAACAGAAACUAAGAUUAUUACAGUGCCGCCGUAUCCCAAGGCUGUGCGCAAUGUAAACAUAAGCUGCAAACCUAUGAUGGUGUCAACUGGUGAACAGUGCACGCCUGUUAUGGUCGAUUGCGGCAUGCAAACGGAGAAGGAUUAUUCGAACAAGGUGCUGAUACCCGUACCUGUGCCCAUAUUUGUGCCGCAGCCCAUGUACAUGUACUCGGCACCAUUCCCAGUUCCGGUGCCUAUACCAUUGCCCAUACCAGUGCCGAUCUUUAUACCCACGACGCGCAACACGGCCCAAGGUAUACUGAAGGAGAUAAAGAAGAUACAAGACAAAAUGCCCGAAGAUCCAUUGGAGGCUGAGCUGCUCAUGAUGGCCGAAAUGGUUGCCGAGGAGAAGCACGACUCAGACUCGGAUUCAGAUAAUGAAAUUAAACCAGAUCCAGGACUUGUUAAUCUACACUAUCAGAACAGCCUGGACCAGCAACAACAGCAGCAGCAACAAGUGGUGGAUGUCAGCGGUAGUAGCCACAAUCCCUACGGCGAUGAUAUGCUGCAAAUAGCGCUCAAAAUGGCUACUGGCGAUUAUGAUAACCAUCAUCAGACCGGCACAGUUGAUCUGGAGUCCUCAAUGACGGCCAAUACGAUAUCAAAUCAGUCACCCAUGGGCCAUGACAUGGCGCAAAUGGGAGUACAUCAUCUCGACCAGCAACAUCACAUGCUCGAUGCAUCACAGCGUGCACCACGUGGUCGCAAGCGCACAGGCGGCAGCAUUGGUGCUGUGUUGGACUCGCCCUCACGUAACAGUCGAUCGCCGGUGAAGCGACCGCGCGGCAAUGAAAUGGAUCAUUCAGCGCUGCAGCAACAGUCGCAACAGGCACUUCAGCCACAGGAGAAGCCCGAUGCACAAAUGUUCCUAAAGUAUACGUUCGGUGUGAAUGCCUGGAAGCAGUGGGUCAUGACCAAGAAUGCAGAUAUUGAAAAGAGUUCAAUGCGAAGGCGACCAUUCAAAACAGAGCUGCUGCAAAUGACGGCCGAUGAGCUCAACUAUUCGCUCUGUCUGUUUGUCAAGGAGGUGCGCAAACCGAAUGGCACUGAAUAUGCGCCCGAUACAAUAUACUAUUUGGUACUAGGCAUUCAGCAAUAUCUAUAUGUAAAUGGUCGUAUUGAUAAUAUCUUCUAUGAUCCAUACUACGAACGCUUUACGGAGUGUCUGGAUGAAGUUGCCCGCAAGUUCUCAGUGCUUUACAAUGACUCACAAUACAUUGUCACUCGCGUAGAGGAGGAACAUUUGUGGGAAUGCAAACAGCUGGGCGCACAUUCGCCGCAUGUGCUGCUCAGCACGCUCAUGUUCUUCAACACAAAGCAUUUCAAUUUAACGACUGUCGAGGAGCAUAUGCAGCUGUCAUUUUCUCACAUAAUGAAGCACUGGAAACGCUCAUCACAGAAUUCAAAAGUGCCUGGCACACGUAACGUAUUGUUACGAUUCUAUCCACCGCAGGCGGGUUUAGAUGCUAAUCCGCGCAAAAAGAAAGUCUAUGAGCAACAAGAAAACGAGGAGAACCCUUUACGCUGCCCAGUGCGUUUAUAUGAAUUUUAUUUAUCCAAAUGUCCGGAGAGUGUGAAAACGCGAAACGAUGUUUUCUAUUUGCAACCGGAAAGAUCCUGCGUGCCCGAUUCGCCAGUGUGGUACUCCACACAAGCGCUUAGUCAAGAUGCACUGCAGCGGAUGCUGCAUCGCGUUAAGAUGGUCAAGGAAAUCAACAUAGCACUAUUAACCACUUAAUAUUUAGUUAUACAAACGAUUACACACAUGCACAUACAUAUUGUAUGGAUGGGAUUAACUAUCAAUCGAUUUUGGGUGCUUAGCACUAAAUAGUUUGCGGGCAAAAACCACCAAAACAACAAAAAGCGAAGCGAGCACCUAGAAAUGACUACAUUCUUUGCACUUUCACAAAUAAAUUGUUUUAAAUUUAAUUUCACAUAGAAUUAUGUUCAAAUUGCACACGCGCGCGUUUACGCCUUUUGUAUAAUCUAUAAAAUAAUAUUUUAAGUUAUGGCAAUAUAAUUUAAAUAUAAAAAAAAAUGAUUUACAUUUAGCUUAUGGCUUUUACAAAUUUCAUACUACAUGCAACGCACUUGAUUAAUUUUAGAUACGUAGGCUUACAGUGACGCCAAUUCAUUUAAGUCAUAUUCGAUUUAGAAAGUUAAUAAUCAUACAUAAGUAGGUUAUAUAAACCAAUGUAUGGAUUCAAGAAUAAAGAAUGUGGGUUUGUUUUUGGGUUGCACAUGAUGUACAUUGAAUAUAUAAUAUAUAUACUACAUUAAAACAUAGCUGCAGUGUACAUAGAACAUAGAACAUAAACAAUUAGCCCUCACUGUGCUGUUGUGCUAAGUGUUUUAUUUGUAAAAUGCUGUACUCC